AUGGAAUCAGACGUUAACCCUGCCGCGUCGGAUAGUCCUGAAUGUCAUUCUGGGAAUGUGACCGGUCUUGGGAAUUCAGGACCCGGACCCCACCCAGAGCAGCUUAUGGAUAAAUGCCAGCAAAUAAAGAUGUGGCAACAGAGCAGCUACCUUUCGGACUCCGGUAUUGAAACGGCGCUGGGGACCAACACACCUAGCAUCAGUAGCAAAGUAGGGUUGGACGAUGGCGAACUAGAUGACCGCUACCUGGGUCGGAAACCCUGUUCUUUCAGUCAGUGGCAAUCUUUCCCCAUGUCAGUUAACCCCGCAGAUUCUUCCGUACUCUCUCCUGCCACCCCAAGCACUGGGAGUGUGCUGGGGAUUGAGGCACUCGGAGACACGCCUGGAGGCUCUCAUUCUGCCAGCAACGUAGAUCUCCGGGGCAAUAAACUCCCCGAAAUAGAUACCGACGAAGCUGCCACUGCUAUUCCUGAAUUAGUGAAACUAAUCAAAGACGAAGACGAUCAGGUUAUAAUUUACCAGUCCUCGAUGAUGGUGUUCCAACUGAGCAAGUCUGAAGCCAUUGAUGCGCUCAUAAAGUCAAUGGACAUGAUUGACUGUAUCAUUUCUGCACUUGGCCGGACAGAUGACCCCGAAACGGUUCGCUUCCUCUCUGGUACACUUUAUAAUAUGUCCCAAACUCAGACAGGUCUCAAGGCCAUCUUUGCCGCCCAAUGUGUGCCGUGUCUGGUGAAUCUUUUGAAUUCUCCAGUGGAGUCCGUACUUUUCUACGCCAUCACUACGUUACACAACCUUCUGCUACACCAAGAUGGUGCCAAGGCCGUUGUUCGUCAAAGCGGAUGCCUACAAAAGAUGACCAUUCUGCUCCGAAAAAACAACAUCAAAUUUCUCACAAUUUGCACUGACUGUUUGCAAAUAUUAGCCUACGGGCAUCAAGAGAGCAAACUUCAGAUACUUUCUAGCGGUGGUCCUUUGGAAUUAGUCCGAAUACUUCGUGCAUACUCUUACGAAAAGCUUCUGUGGACAACUGCCCGGGUUUUGAAAGUGCUUAGCGUAUGUACCUCAAAUAAACCAGCCAUAAUUGCUGCAGGUGGCAUGGAUGCACUGGCUAAGCAUCUUCAGAGCUCCAGCCAUAGGUUGGUGAUCAAUUGCUUGUGGGCUCUCCGGAACUUGUCAGAUGCUGCUACCCGAUUGGAUAACCUGCAACCUCUGCUGCAUUCUCUUGUCCAAUUGCUGGACUGUGGAGAUGCGAAUACGGUCACUUGUGCCGCAGGGAUUCUCUCAAACCUGACGUGCAACAAUCACGCGAACAAAUAUGUCGUGCACAAGUUCGGUGGUAUCCAAGGCUUGUUGCGAGCGGUUGGCCAAAUCGGAGCCAGGGAAGACAUUUUGGAGCCAUGUAUGUGCGCUUUAAGGCACCUGACAAGCCGUCACGAGGAAGAAGAAACUGCCAGGCAUAUGGUCGUGCAUGAACUUGCUGGACUGCCUUUGUUGACCCGAAUUCUGCACGCGGCUACCGCAGGCAUAUGUCCUGAUCUUGGCCUUGUCUGUCAACCACCACAAAAUCCUGUGACGUCAUGGAUGCUAGUAAAGGCCAUGGUCGGUUUGCUGCGGAACCUAUCAGUUAACAUCGACAGCCACUACGGGAUGCGUGAAUGUGGUUUGGUCACAGGCCUUUUCCUACUUUUGUAUGCAACCCAACACGAGAUCACGAAGCGUACCUCUGCAAACAAUCCGACCUCCUAUCAAACGUUUGCGACGAUGGUCCAAAGUGUUCGUUUGGAAGAAAUUGUUGAAGGAAUAUGUGGUGCUCUACAUAUGUUAGCCAAAGACUUUGCCACGCGGUCCUAUCUAGCUCUACUGAAAGCUCCCAAUCUAGUUGUAGCUCCGCGUGUUCAACCAGGUGGUCCCGGCCUUGCAAUUUUCGUUCACCUUUUGCAUUCACCGCACGAAUCCAUCCAACGAGCCGCUGCUGGUGUGCUUGCAGAGAUUUCACAGGAUCGUGACGGCCUGGAUGCGCUUAUGAACAUACCAGGAGCAAGCACACGUUUCGACGAACUAGUACAUUCUCGCAAUGAAGCCAUAUCGACGUAUGCAUCGGCGGUGGUGAUUCGUCUGACCGAGGAACGAAAAGGUAUCAAUGGGAACUCUUGCAUUUUCCCAUCCCAUGUGGAAGUCCUCAACACACCUCCCCUUCCAAUGGAUACUUUGGGACCGUAUCAGCUGCCGUCAGUACAGAUUCCGUCGAUGUCUGCUUGUGCACCGGCCUCCCUUUCAACUUCACAAUCAUCGACACACCCCACUUGGUCACACCAGUUUUCGGUGGAUCCAUCACAUGUUUCCUCUAGCCCUCCGACAAAUUCGCUCACGGAGAUGCUAGGGCCACCACCGGUCGGCUUCAAAGGCCCUGGAUGUUCAAGUUAUUGUGGCUAUUGGAAUGAUGGUUCUGGAGGUGGUGCAGAUCCCUCGUUUGGCUACCCGGAUCCGUGUGUUUCGACUUUCUGCUGCUCAUCAACAGGUCUGUCCUACCCUCCAGAGCAUACACCACAUCACAUGGAAAUAGUUCCCACACCUGCGUCCUAUAUGUCUCUUGGUCCACCUUGCUACUCAACACUUUCAUCAAACACGCCUACUCCAAGCGCACUGGCUCCGUUGCAGCCUAGUCUGGUUGACAACACAACCCUCCCAACAUCAGGCAGCGCUUCUACCCGCCGUUCUGGCUAUGGUAGUUUGGAUACCAGUGGUUACAUCAGUCCUUCCAGUGAACUUUAUGUGCAACCAUCACCAUCCGGUUACAAGCCAUCACAUGUUCCUGUCUCAAAUCCUACCAGACAAACCAGAGGUUUGUUGCCAACUUACCAUAAUCCACAACAAUGCUCUAAUCCUUCACCAGGCAUGCAGCCUUCUGCAAGUGGAUACUUGAGUCCUGAACUUAUGUCGCUGGACGAGCCCUCUUCUGACUGGCUCUCACAUCCUGGUUUAGUUUAGCACUCCAGUCGUUGAAUCUUAUUUCUACGUUAAUGUAUCUUUCUAGCCUGCGUAUGAAUUGAUUCUCAGGCACGCAUUUCUCUGCUUCUGAUAGUUGCACUCUACAGCGCCAUUUUCCUCUAUUUCAUUAUCCAAAUCUCCUGCCGCGUAUGGUGCAUCGAAAUCCACGCCUUUCGAGCUGCCAUCAGGAUGUGAUCUAUAUGGGAAUUUAUUUCUCUGCUCUGCACUCGCCCGAAUCUGCAAAGCACACUUUCGCUUGACUUUCGUAUUUUGACCUGUCUUGCUGUUUCGGUUGCGAAUGGAUGGUCUGCCUGUUCACUACCAUGCAUGCAUCCACGUCUUACCCAUAUAGACCGCGUGCAUCCCUACCCGUGCGGCAGUGACUUUUCCGGAACAUACACAUCCUCACCUGGAAAAUUUCGACAGCUCCGGUAAUACUUGUGUUGAUCGUUUCGCUUCCUGUAUCAUGCUUGGUGGGCGCAAUUUUUUCUACACAGCUGGCUUUCAUUAUUUUGUUCUUUUCAUACUCCCUUCGUUAGCUUUCUCCAUGGUUUUUAUUGACCUAGUUCAUCAUUUUUGUGUAACACCAUAUUUUACACUCGCUAUUAUCUUAGUCUUGUAUGCACCCGACAAAGACAUUCUUUAAUCAAAAGUGCUAUUCGUAUCCUAUGGCGAC